CAGUAAACUUCAUUAAUGAACCUGACGCAGGACGAGCAUCGGUUUAGGUGAAAUCUUUCAAAAUGGGUCACUUUGUGCUUCUCGCUUUAGCGGGUUUAUUUGCCGUCGCAUCGACACAGUUUAUACCCCCGUAUACAGAGGACUGUCGGGCAGAAAUGUAUCCACCAAAUGGCCCCACGUUCAGAGGAUCUGUCAGCUGGUACACAGUGGACCUCGACUUGCCGCCCAGCGAGAGAUGGACAGCUGUGAUUACUGACAAAAAAACAGAUCUGGUCAACAUGAUUGAGGCCAUCAGAGACCUGGCUUAUGCUUUUGUGCCCAGUGGAAGGCUGAUAGAGCUGGUCGACAUUGCGCUUCCUUUGAUGGUGGACACACUCCCACACCCUUUCAAUGAUGAAAUCAAAGGAAUUGCAGCUGUUUCAGGGAUUCCUCUUGGUGAAGUCGUCUUGUUCAACAUCUUCUAUGAGGUUUUUACUGUGUGCACAUCAGUUGUUGCAGAAGACGAUAAUGGUAACCUCAUUCAUGGUAGAAAUCUGGAUUUUGGACUAUUUAUGGGCUGGGAUGUGAAAAACAAGUCAUGGAUCAUUAGUGACAAGCUGAAGCCUCUUGUGGUUAACCUCGACUUCAAGAGAAAAAACCAGACUCUCUUCAAGUCUACCAACUUUGCUGGAUAUGUUGGCAUGCUGACCGGAAUUAAACCUAAAAUAUUCACUCUGACUAUGAAUGAACGCUUCAGUCUCGAUGGAGGAUACAUUGGAAUCCUGGAGUGGAUCUUGGGGAAGAGAGAUGGGAUGUGGAUGAGCUUUCUCACGCGCUCUGUGCUAGAAAAUGCAACCAGCUACGAGGAAGCCAAAACUCGCCUGGCUCAGACCAAGCUGCUGGCUCCAGCCUACUUCAUUCUCGGAGGGAACAGUACAGGCCAGGGCUGCAUCAUCACCAGAUCCAGACUGCUCAGUAUUGACAUCUUGGAGAUUGACGUGAAGCUGGGCCGGUGGUAUGUCCUGGAGACAAACUACGAUCACUGGAAGGAGCCUUUGUUCCUGGAUGAUCGCAGAACCCCUGCCAUGAAGUGCAUGAACCAGACCACACAGACAAACAUCACCCUGAAUACCAUGUAUGAUGUGCUCUCAACUAAACCAGUGCUGAACAAGUUGACUACAUACACAACACUGAUGCAAGUGUCUGAGGGAAAACUGGAGUCGUAUAUCCGCGACUGCCCAAGCCCCUGCAUGCCCUGGUAACGGUCCAACCACUGAGCCCUGAUCAGUCUGUAAAUGCAUAUCUGUAUAGAGAAGCUUUGACGGAGACCUGCUCAGCUGAUCGUGGAACAAAACUUGAGGUUGUUCCUUUUUGUUUGCACAGCUACCAAUUACCUGAACCAAAGGAUGUCUCAGGAAUACUUAAAGCUUUCAUGAAAAUACUAAUUAAUUAUAUUUUUUUCUGUUAUGAGGGAAAUUGGUACAGAAGAGAAUCAAACUUGUAAAUGUUUUCCCGGUUAUUUUUUAACUUUAAUUAUAUAUUAUUUGCAGCAUGGGUCCAGUGGAUCUCAACAUGGGUCUAGAAACCCCUCAGAUGAAUGCUUGUGUGUAAUUCAAUCUAUUUAAUGCUUAAUGUCUCAAAUCCAACCUACGCUCACCAUUUUGUGCCUCCACGCUGUUGGCCCUGUCUAGUGUUCUGUACUGUCUCAAGGCACAAGGCAAUUGACAAAUGUAUCUCAAAGCUGACUACUUCCUUUUUAUUUUGAUGAUUUAGAUGAAUAAUAAAAUUCCCAAAUAUGUA